AUGUCCUUCUUUUCUCGAGUGUUUAGGGGCAAAGACUCCACUGCAACAAAGAAGCAGGCCAAGCCGACCACCGCCCUGAACACGGCCCCUGCCAAACCCAAAUGGACCGAUGCCUGGCAGCGGACAGAGGUCGCGCCGGAAGAAGUCCAAGACCUUGUACGAGGGUGUGUGCAUGAGCUCAAAGCCCGAGCUCUUGACACUCCGUUCCUCCUCCUACCGUUCCGUCCUAGCUCAGACCCCAGUGCAGCUCGCACAUUCAUUCGCAAUUACUUUAAUCAAUCUUUCGAAAAGGGCUCGCCUGUCAAUGGAGAUGCCUUGUCGCAGGAGCUUCGGCUCACAGAACCGAUGGUUCUAUGUGGAGUGAUGAAAUGGUGCUGGAGCAGACUUCCGGGUGGUGUCGUCACUUGGGAAGCAUAUGAGACGUUCAAGAUGGGCGAACAUGAUUCGGAUAUGGCCCGCGAUGCUUUUUCCACUUUUAUUCCGAUCGGCGGCGAUUCAGAUGCACGCACUAAUAUUAUUCUGGACUUCUUCGACCUUUUGGCUGCCAUUGCGGCUCAUGGAAAGUCCAAUGGCUUGGGAGGCCGCAAGCUUUCCCGAUACGCUGGAUGGUGGGCCUUUGAGCAUGUCGAUACAGGCAAUGGCUUCGAAGCCGCCUAUAAGAAUUGGGCUAUUGCCGCUGAUGCUACGAGUCACUUGUUCUUCGCCUACCUUCGUUCGUUGUCUCCCGAUGUCCCUCGCGGCGUGAGUGGUAUCUCAUCCCUGCCUAUUUCUCUCCAAUCACUCGUUGAAGCGACCGAAUACCCUCCUGAGACCCCGACUUUGCUGCAAGUUACGACUACAAAGGUGGUUAUGAUUGUGGAGAAUGUUUCCCCGACGCCAUUUUCUUUAUUGCGACGCGCCAAGAACUUUGAAUACCGCGACGAUGACUGGCACCUGCAGGAGUUUGCCAAUUACGAAGAUCCCGUCAGCGCAUUGACUGAUGAAUGUCUCCGUGUUCUCAGAUGUAUCUCAUCUACGAACCAAUCCAGCGUCUCGAGUACCAAGCAGUCCACCAGUUUGCGGGAUGCAUCUUGGUCUCGCUUCGAGGAUAUCGGGUUCGGUGGUUCGAUCGACUCUGACCCGGAAGAUGACGCCAAGGACGCUGCUCCGCCGGCCACUGCAAGGACGGCAAAGAGUGGAUCUGCCGGGGGCUUGCAAUCUGUUCCUCAAUCUGGAGGAGGUGACCUUGGCCGUCCUACCACCCCCUCGUGGGCAGACUUCAUGUCGUCCGGAUUCGCGGAUGAAAACAAGGGCAACGUGGGCCCUCUGCUCUUGCCUCCUGAUAAGGUUCUGCCCCCUAUUGCCUCUGUACGUGGCAUGAGCUCUCAAUCGCACAAGCGCUCUUUGGAUAUCGAGCCGGCUCUCGAGCCUGCUGAGCUGGCGAGUAUCAACACCCUAGACAUGGACGACUCCUUCUGGUGGGUUUGGAUCAGCAGUUUGUCUGGCGAUGAGCCAGCUGCCCGCAAGGCUGUGUUUGGUCGAUGCGCGCUUCUCGAAACCCGCAUUCGGGAUACCAAAUGGCUGAUCCUUGAAGAGCAGGUCAAGGGUGCUGCUCCAGAGCCUGAGGCUGGUGCUCAGAUUGUUGAGAAGAAGCGAUUCUUCAGCUUUGGUAGCCGUAAAGGAAAGCUCAAUCGCCGCAAGUCGUCGGCCAAGAAGGUGUCCUCCUCCAUUGAAGAGUCGUACAAGCGACCCGACAACCAGGCUCCUCACAGCAAGACCAGCAUCGGGCCGGAUCAGCACAAGCGGAUCCAGGCAGCUGCGGCCGCUCUGCAAAAGAAGCACCGCGAGCAAGAAGCGGAGGCCACAGAGAACCGUGGCGCCCCCGAAAAUAGCCGCUACUCCAAGACCAACUCGGUCAUGACCCUUCAGCCUGCUAUUGUCAAUGAGGCCUCCCAGGCCAUGAAGUGGACUAAGAACUACGAUAAGGGUGCCUUCAGGGCAGCAUAUCUCAGUGACACCCGCGCUGGUACUGGCCAAGUAGAAGAAACUCAAGACACACCAGAGCCAAUUUCGAAGGAGCCCGAGGAGAAGCCUACCACGCCGUUGGCAUCUCUUCCAACAAGCACUGCAAAGAGUGCUCCCCCGCCACUGGCUAAAGAAGCUGCUGCUGCUGUGGCCACCCCUCUUCCCCCUUCCCCUAAGGAAGCGCCAACUAAGUCUGUCAACGCCACCACUCCAGAAGAAGAGAAGCCCACCACAAAGCCUGCUGUUGUUGAACAACCCGCUGAGCGUCGGGACUCUGUUGACGAGGCGGGUAAGAAGCUGAAGAAGAAGACUGGCAAUUCUGCCUUUAAGAGCAUGUUUAGUGCCAAAAAGAAGCCCGAACAGCAGCCUCCUGUGAAGAGCACUGACUCAAAGGAAAUCUCCAAUGUGGCAGCUGCCCGUGCGGCCCUGGAGGCCAAGGCGAAAGCAGCUCAGGAGUCCGGUCCUAUGAAGAAGAAGCCUCUCCCGAAGGCCAUCGCUGUUGCGGUUCCACCUGUGGCUACCGAGGCCGUAAAGCCCUCGUCACCCCAAACUGUUGAACCGGCCAAGGAAUCUGUGAAGAUCGCAACCGUGACCCAACCCUCCACCUCUCUGAAAGAGAACGGCGCGCCGCCCAAGACUAGGCGCGCUGUUGAGUAUGAUGCGCUCUCGCGCGUUGGUACCAAUGAACGCGCCGCGGCCGACCAGGAGUUCUCCAAGUUCGACCAGGGCCCCUUGACUGAACAGCCUGCUUUCGUCCCCGCGGAUUCUCCCGUGGACGUCGCACCUACCCCACAAGAGACCGAGGUUCCCCAAACCCCGACCAACGGCAAUGGUAUCCGACCUGAGACGGCUACUUCACCCGAGUCAACUGAAGCUACACAGGAUCGCUGGAAGGCGAUCCGCGAGGCUGCAGCUCAACGGGCUGCCGCUGCCGCUGCCCAUGAGGAACAGGCACGUGAGCACGAGACCGAGAACACCCGGACUAGCCAGUCAGAGCGCACUGACGAGGGAGAUACCAGUGGAGAAGAAACCAUUGAAGCCCGUGUCGCCCGCAUCAAGGCCCGAGUGGCCGAAUUGACCGGCAACGUGGAGGAUGGACAAAGACGCUAG